CCUUCCUAUCCUCACUGGGACGGACACCUGCAAACCGGACACCCACCCACCCACCAGUACAGUAAGUAGUAGCCGUGCGUGUGGCGUGGUGAGCCCCAUCUUCCCAAAUCCCGCCAGUCAGUCAGUACCUCCGACAUUUCCCUCCCUGUGAUCGGUGCGACUUUUCUCUCUCUGUUCUUAUUCUGUUCCUUCUUGGAUCAUAUACCGUGGCAGCCCACCUGCUUGCUACCUGCCCUCUCCCCAGGAUCGAUUCGGCGAGAGAUUGACCGGUUUAAGGAAGUAAAGGAGACUGCGCAAGAGUUCGAGAAACUGGAACGGAUGAUGCAUGUUUCUCCCCCGCGAGCUGCGCGACCGAUUGACCCCUGACCUCUAUUCGACUUGACGAUUGAAGAACCGACAGUGACGACGAAGACGACGACACUGAUACCGACACCUAUGCUCCGCGACGACUGAGCCUGCGCUCUCGAUCUCUCCUCCCGGCUCCUACAAGAUCUUGAGGUUGCGAUUAAAUACCUGCGAUUCCCACGUUUGCGGACCCCCACGCAGUGUGGCGACGAGGCUCUGCCUCCUACCUGGUGAGCCGGGCCGCAUUUUUUCUGGUUCUGUUAGCUUCGAUUUCUGCCUUGAGGCGCACUUGUUCGUGGUGGAGCUGAGCGAUCUUGUGGGUGUGUUGCUGUUGGUUGGCGUUGGUGACGUUGGAGGAAGGGUUCCCAGGGACCGUAUAAGACAUACUGGUCAACCCUGAUUUUCUGUCUCUUUGUUUUCGGCUUUUGAAUAGGGCGACGUCGCCAACACGAUUGUUGCGAGGAAGUGCAGGAGGCGGAUUAUGUGUAUACGGGCGCUAAAUACUGACAUAAACUCGCAGGUGCUGACAUCUACACAUCAUGGACCGCCAAUACUCAUCUCGUCCCCCUUCCGCCACCUCAAUGGACGGCCCUCGCGACGACCCGCGGUCAUGCUCGGAGCGCUUUACACUCCCACCCCUCGAAUACUCUUCCGACCGCCCCAUGUCAAAUAACAUCAGAUACCCGCCCUCCAGCCCCAUCGUCCCUUCGCUUCAGAACCAACAAAACCAACACCCAUACCCAUACCCAUACCCAUACGCGCCUCAAGAUCUACAGCCGCCCAUGCACCCGCAAGAUCAACAGGUGAAAUCUACCCCCCUCCAACCAGGCACCGGCUCGGUCUACCACUUUGGCCGACAGACCACUGAGACGAGGCAGGUGCGCAAGAUCGGCCAGCGCCGCGAUGCCGCAGAGGAGUACUGCAAACUACUUGGUAGUAACAACGGCAGACACACUGGCAGCGAGCCAACGAGCAGACCGCCGCCGCCGCAACACCAGCAAAGUCGACCCCUCUCGCAACAGUCGUCGCCAACGUUCGGACCACCAAGGCCGAUGCAGGAUCCGUAUGGCGUGCAGGGCGGUCCUAGCAACCGCAUCAACAAUCAGAGUGAUCCAAACAACCACCAUGUGCAGCUUCCCCGCUCGCCGUCGCCGCAGUCGCGAGAUCUACGGAAGAGACCGUCGACAGGGACUCUGCCGAAGCCGAAGGAACAGAAGCUGCGGGACUCGAGCGGAAUUGGGAUUGCAGAUCUGAUCAGGCUGGAUAGUUCGAAACCACAACCGACGUACACGCUGCACAUGCGGCAACAACCCCUCGCAGCGCGUGCAUGCGGCUUCGGCGAACGAGACCGCCGCGUCGUGGACCCGCCUCCUAUCCUUGAACUGCGCAUCACCCCGCCCCCGCCACCACCGCUAUCAUCCGCCCCCGUGCCCGGCGCCAUGUCGGACUUUGACGAAAUGGCCCGGCGUCUACGUUACCCAUACUACGUGAUACAUUGCUCGCUAUGGGACGCGUCACGCGACAUCGACAGUGGGGCCAUGGAAGGCGACGGCAGCGUAGGCGGCGGGGAGCGUCGCAACCAGCAGCGUCGGCUAAUGGGGACGCUGGUCGCUAGCCCAUUUGUGGGCAAAGACGAACGCGGGGUCGAGGGGUGUUUUUUCUGCUUCCCGGACCUGUCAUGUCGGACCACCGGGCAGUAUCGGUUGAAGUUCGUGUUGAUGGUGUUGGAUCCCAAUACGAUGAAGAUGGGAACAAAAGUGCCGUAUAGUGCCAGCGUGACGAGUGGGGUGGUGACGGUGUUUGCGGCGAAGGAUUUCCCGGGAAUGCAAGCGAGUACGGCGUUGACGCGACGGCUGAAGGAGCAAGGUUGUUUGAUCUCGGUGAAGAAAGGGAUUGAGAAGAUUGGAGAGAGGGGCGGGGAAAGUGAAGAUGAAGGGGCGGGAAGUAAAAGGUGAAGUGGGAGGUUUUGUGUAGAAAGUGGUCAUUGUCUUGGGGAUUCUAUUCAUUAUGCGCGGCUACUAUGCUACUCAGAGUGAGGCAGGGCGGUUACAACAGGAUUUUUUGGAGGGACGCACAGAACCCGGUUUUGACUUCCUCAUACUUUUAUUCUCUCUGGAGAGGCAUCGUUUGUUUUGUCCGUGUGUUUUUUUAUUUCCGCUUUGGGAGGCGUUGGGGGUGGGUGGGUAUAAACUGUUUUACAUAUGGCAAAUUGGAUGGGACGAGCAAGGAAGUAUACGCAGUUUAUGAAAGAAAUGAGGGGAGGAGGUAGUCAAGUAUGGUACGGCAUCUGUCUUCUGUUCUGGUGGGAAGGAGGGUGGGGGAUGUGUGUUCAUGCAUUUAUAUUGGGAUAUGUCUCAUGCAGGCCGAAAGAGAUAGCUGCAGGUAGAGAGCGGAGUGGAGAUGGUGUAUAUAGACUGAGAAUCCUAGACGAGAUAUCCUCAAAUGAAUUAUCUCUGUGGC